AUGGCAAGUGCAGCCAGUCAUGUCCUUUUAGCGGAAACAUGGAGCGAAGAGAUUGAUCCAACAGAUUGGUGGAUGAGUGAAAAACUGGAUGGUGUUAGAGCAUAUUGGAGUGGUUCGAACUUUUACUCGCGACAAGGCAAUUUAUUCCAUGUUCCAGAUUUUUUUAAAGAAAAAUUACCAAAAGUACCAUUAGAUGGUGAACUCUGGUGUGGACGAGGCUUGUUUCAAAAAUGUAUAAGUAUUGUAAAAAAACAAGCAAAUAAGGUCGUACCAGAAGAUUAUAAAUUGAUAACUUAUUUGAUAUUCGAUGCUCCAAGUCACGGCGGGAAAUAUGAAGAUCGCGUUAAAUUUCUUAAAGCAAAUAUACCAGAAAAUGAUGACAAAUGCUACGCCACAGUUGUUGGUAUAAAGAAAUGUGAAGGAAUGGAUCAUCUGAAACGAUGUUUAGCCGAUGUAAACAACGCUGGUGGAGAAGGAAUUAUGCUUCGAAAACCCGGAUCCUUGUAUGAAAACAAACGAAGUAGUACUUUGCUUAAAGUGAAAACGUUUUAUGAUGAAGAAGCUCUUGUUGUUGGUCAUAAACCGGGAAAAGGCAAUUGCACGGGAAUGCUAGGAGCACUUGAAUGUGAAUUACCAAAUGGCAAACGAUUUGAUUGUGGAUCAGGUGAGCGUUAG